AUGAAGCUUUCUCUUUCACUUGCUUUUAAUGUUCUCGUGUUGCUUGGAAUUCUCACCGUGGUCUUUGCUCAAGCCAGGUUUUCAAAUGAGACUGACAUGAAAGCUUUGCUUGACUUCAAGUCUCAAGUUGCUGAAAACAAGAGAGAGGUCUUGGCCUCUUGGAACAGCUCCUCUCCACUCUGCAGUUGGAUUGGGGUUACAUGUGGCCGCAAACAAGAACGAGUUAGAAGUUUGGACCUUGAAGGAUUCGAAUUGGCCGGUGUGAUCUCACCUUCCAUUGGUAAUCUCUCGUUUCUCAGAGUACUUAAUCUUGCAAACAACUCUUUUGGUAGUACCAUCCCUCAAGAAGUGGGAAAGCUAUUUAGACUUAAGUACUUGAACAUGAGCUCCAAUCUUCUUGAAGGAAGGAUUCCGCCUAGUCUAUCGAACUGCUCUAGCCUGUUGAUACUUGAUUUAUCGUCAAACCAUCUCGGACAUGAUGUUCCUUCAGAGCUAGGUUCACUUUCUAAGCUUGUCAUUGUGUAUCUUCUUGAAAACAACCUUACAGGACAGUUUCCUGCAUCUUUAGGAAACCUGACAUCACUCCAUGAACUUGACUUUGCAUAUAACCAUAUGGAAGGAGAGAUUCCAGAUGAUGUAGCUAGAUUGACUCAAAUGGUGUUUUUCCAAAUAUCACUGAAUAGUUUUUCAGGCGUUUUUCCUCCUGCUUUAUACAACAUGUCCUCACUUGAGUUUUUAUCCCUAGCUGGCAAUAGGUUUUCGGGUAACCUUAGGGAUGAUUUUGGAGACCUUCUACCAAAUCUAAAAACACUUGUUUUGGGAACAAAUCAAUUCACCGGUCCUAUUCCCCUAACAAUUUCCAAUAUCUCAACCCUUGGAAGGUUUGAUAUCUCAUCUAAUCACCUGACAGGAAAUAUCCCUUUGAGUUUUGGACAAUUAUCUAAUCUGUGGUGGUUAGGGAUUCAUAGUAACUNUCUGGGAAACAACUCCUCCAGUGAUCUUGAAUUUAUUGGUGCUUUGGCUAACUGCACUCAAUUAGAGCACUUAGAUGUUGGCUACAAUAGUCUUGGAGGUGAGCUGCCUGCCUCCAUUGCCAAUCUGUCCACCAAAUUAACUAGUCUGACCCUUGGAGGAAAUCUCAUAUCUGGAACCAUUCCGCGUGACAUCGGGAAUCUUAUAAGCCUGCAAGAACUCAGUUUAGAAGCAAAUCUGUUGACAGGAGAACUUCCAGUCUCUUUGGGGAAGCUUUUGGAAAUGCGGGUGCUGGAUCUGUAUUCAAACGCAAUAUCGGGGGAAUUACCAUCUUAUUUUGGCAACAUGACUCAGUUGCAAAAGAUCCAUUUGAACAACAAUAGUUUCCAUGGAAGAAUCCCUCAGAGUCUUGGACGUUGUCAAUACUUGCUAGACCUAUGGAUUGAUUCAAAUAGGUUGAAUGGGACUAUACCCCGGGAAAUAGUGCAAAUUCCAUCCCUUGCUUACAUAGAUUUGUCAAGCAAUUUCUUGACCGGCCCUUUUCCGGAAGAUGUUGGAAAGUUAGAACUUCUUGUUGGACUAGGUGUUGGAGACAACAAAUUGUCAGGGCACAUCCCACAAACUAUAGGGCGUUGUCUCUCGAUGGAAUUUCUCUUUAUGCAAGAAAAUUUGUUUGACGGAGCCAUUCCAGAUAUAAGACGGUUGGUAAGCCUGCAAACUGUUGACUUCUCUGACAACAAUCUCUCUGGCCACAUACCUCGAUAUCUGGCCAAUUUUCCUUUGCUGCAAAAGCUGAAUCUCUCUAUGAAUAACUUUGAGGGAAGGGUGCCAACAACAGGAGUGUUUCGAAAUGCUACAGCAGUUUCUGUUUUUGGAAACAAAAAUCUAUGCGGAGGCAUUGGAGAAAUGCAACUAAAGCCAUGCAUUGUGCCCGCCUCACCAAGGCCGAGAAAGCCUCUGUCACUUAGAAAGAAAAUUGCCAGUGGUAUUGGUAUAGGUGUAGCUUCAAUUUUGUUAUUCAUAAUUGUGGCUUCUCUGUGUUGGUUUAAGAAGAGAAGAAAGAAGAACAGCGCAAGUGGCAGUAACCCAUCUGAUUCUACUACUUUGGGGCUGUUCUAUGAGAAAAUAAGUUAUGAAGAGCUUUAUAAUGCAACAAGUGGCUUCUCUUCAAGUAAUCUGAUUGGUUCAGGCAACUUCGGUAAUGUGUUUAAAGGAUUGCUUGGUGGUGAUGGUAAACUCGUUGCUGUUAAAGUUCUGAACCUCCUGAAGCACGGAGCAACCAAAAGCUUUAUGGCGGAAUGUGAAACUUUCAAGGGUAUAAGGCAUCGUAACCUUGUGAAACUGAUAACGGUUUGUUCAAGCCUCGAUUCUGAAGGAAAUGAAUUCAGAGCUCUGGUUUAUGAGUUCAUGCCAAAAGGAAGUCUGGAUAUGUGGCUACAUCCAGAAGAACUGGGAAGGGCAAAUGAUCACUCAAGAAUUUUAACACUUCCAGAGAAACUCAACAUAGCAAUAGAUGUGGCUUCCGCUUUGGAGUAUCUGCAUGUUCACUGUCAUGACCCUGUAGCUCACUGUGAUCUCAAGCCAAGCAACGUUCUUCUAGACGAUGAUCUGACUGCUCAUGUUAGUGACUUUGGUUUGGCUCGGCUCCUCUAUAAAUUUGAUCAAGAAUCUUUUCUAAAUAAGUUUAGUUCUGCCGGGGUCAGAGGCACCAUUGGCUUUGCCGCACCAGAAUAUGGAAUGGGAGGCCAACCAUCAAUUCAAGGAGAUGUGUAUAGCUUUGGAGUUCUACUCUUGGAGAUGUUCACUGGAAAAAAACCAACAGAAGAAUCAUUUGCAGGCGAUUAUAAUCUCCACAGUUACACAAAGUCUUUUUUGUCGGGAGAUGAGGAGGGUGGAAGCAGCAACGCCAGUGAUGAGUGUUUGAGAAUGGUUUUGCAGGUGGGAAUAAGGUGUUCUGAAGAAUAUCCAAGGGAUAGGAUGAGAAUGGCUGAAGCACUACGCGAAUUAAUAUCAAUCAGAUCUAAAUGUUUCGGUACCAAGACGAGUAUUACAGAGCUAACCCCUCCGGAUGCUCCACAAAGUUCUCCUCAGGAAUGGAUGUUAAACGCGUCCAUGCAUACAAUCUAG